UAUCGAGUUAUAAAGUAUACUUGAUAUCCGUAAAGUCGAGUUAUUCUCUUAUAAUUUCUGCACACCUUCUCCCACUCAGUGUGCCUUGCUCUCUGCUGAACUGAGGACUUUCUGCUGAACUGAGUUGGAACUCCUCCACGGAUCAACAGCGGCUUUCUUCAAACUCAAUUGAAAUUUGUAUCACCUCAGUGUCAAUGUCUGGUUCUGGCAACCCACAACUCUAUAGGCCUCAUGAUGUGUUCACUGCUAUGGGUCGUUGUUGGGUAUUGGAAGAUGAGUUCAACUAUCCAAUCAAUCUGAAUUUGCGAAAUAGUGCUUACGUUCACAAUACCAUGAGACAGGAGUGGGCUUGGUUAUUUCGUGAACAACAAAUGUUUUAUGAUGAGUUGGUUGGUUUUAAGUUGCCAGUGCCUCGGCGACUCGCAUCACAAAUGCCCAGAGAUAGCAUCGACGAACUUCGUAAAGCAUUGAACCGCAUAAGAGAAGAAAAUAAUCGAAUGAAGAUACGUCUUAAUCGAUAUCGGACCCAAGUCGAGAUUCGAGAGUCAGAGCAGGAAGGGUGGUACGAGCAUGCACAGUUCAUGCAAUCACUUCUUGCUGAUCCCAUUUAUCAGUCAGACGUGGAGAUGUCAGAUAAAGAGUAAUCGUGUCGU